AUGCAGGUAAUAGAAACUUAUGAGACGAAGUUCGGGACUGAUCAUCCCAAUACGCUAAAGAGCAUAGGUAACCUAGCGUCGACAUACCAGAACCAAGGCCGGUGGUCAGAGGCAGAGGAGCUAGAGCUCGGGCCUGAUUAUCCCGAUAUACUAACUAGUAUGGCCAACCUGGCGUUAACGCUUUGCAAUCAGGAUCGGUUGGAGGAAGCUGAAGAGCUGUUUGUUCAGGCGAUAGAGACUUGCAAGACCAAGUUCGGGGCCGAUCACAUAGAGACGCUGGCGAGCAUAUAUAGCCUGGCGUUAAUAUACUCGGACCAGGGCCGGUGGUUAGAACCUGAGGAGCUGGGGGUGCAGGUGACGGAGACAUGUAAGGCCAAGCUCGGGUCCGAUCACCCAGAUACGCUAAGGAGCACGGCCAACCUGGCGGACUGUGCCCAGGCCCGACAGCGCGUGCUUCCCGCGGAGCACCCCGAUACGUUGUCAUCCUUAGCCGCUGUGGCUUAUUGGAGUAGCUAG